ACAACGCUCGCGGUGUCGGAAGUGCUGCGGCUCUUCACACCGGAAGUUGAACUAUCAGCUGAUCGAGGUGUUUUUGAUGGAAGUUGCCGUUGGAACUGUGCAGGGUUGUGGGGAUUUUAUUAUUAUUGUCUCGAUCUGACGAGGAACAUCAGCGAAACCGCAGCGUUAAAGGACAGAUUUGAGAAGCGGGACUGGAUCCGAGGAAUGUGAAUGGGACUGAGAUGUUAUGGUGUAAAAUUCGCUAGCUGUUGAACCUCAAGUGAAGAAAGAAAACAAGGCAGCGCGAGUGUGUGUACGUGUGUGUACGUGUGUCCUGUGGACGUGUUCGGACGUGUUCGUUUCGAAACCGUUAGCUGGAGUCUGAGAGGACAGAGAGCUGACUGUCUUCCAUCAUUCACACAGAGCCACAGGCUGCUUUAAUACACCCGAGAAUAGAGUAAGAAUAAACAAGCGUGUUUAUUUACAUCAGAAGGGUGACUGGGUUGCACAAUCUCUCUCUGUGUGUGUGUGUGUGUGUGUGUGUGUGUGUGUGUGUGUGUGUGUGUGUGAUGUUGGCACAUGUCGGGUUCAGUGUACUCGAGUGUAUUCUGAGCAUUUCGCUGGACUGAUUACAUUGCAGUCUAAUCAGAGGAAAGACAACCUGUGAGCAUCGUCCUAUAGAACAAACGUCUCAUGUGUUUAUUUCACUUUCCGAUUAACAAAAAGAUGCAUUUCUAACUGACGGGUUUGUAUCUUCAUCCCGGUAUUAUAAGUAUGCACACACUGAUGAUCACCAGACAGAGAAGUUAACACGAUCUCUCUAAACCCGAGUCAGGGAUCCGGUGCGGAACAGAACCGAGCUUCAGUACACGUCUGACGGCGUUAAACGGAGGUUGAUGUGGCCUGAGACAGAGGUGCAGGCGACACUGACGUGUGCGUAGCAGAAGGGGUUUGGUGUGUGUGUGUGUGUGUGUGUGUGUGAGAAAAAGAAGCUCUGGCCCAGUCCGAGAAGCCCGCUGAGAACUCAAUGCUGGAUCUGGAGGUGGUUCCUGAGCGCUCUUUGGGAAACGAACAAUGGGAAUUCGCAUUAGGAAUGCCAUUGGCCCAGGCCAUUUCCAUCUUGCAGAAACACUGCCGUAUUAUGAAGAAUGUCCAGGUGCUCUACAGCGAACAAAUGCCACUCAGUCAUGACCUCAUACUCAACUUGACUCAGGAUGGAAUUAAACUGCUGUUUGAUGCCUGCAAUCAGAGACUGAAGGUUAUUGAAGUGUACGACUUGAGCAAGGUGAAACUGAAAUACUGUGGAGUACAUUUUAACUCUCAGGCAAUAGCACCUACCAUAGAACAGAUUGACCAGUCCUUUGGCGCUACUCACCCAGGAGUGUACAAUGCUGCAGAACAGCUUUUCCAUCUGAACUUCAGAGGUCUCUCAUUCUCCUUCCAGUUAGACUCGUGGAGCGAAGCCCCGAAAUACGAGAUUCCUCAUGGGGCUACAGUGAAGAGGAUGUAUAUUUACACUGGAAACAACCUACAAGAAACCAAGGCUCCGGGGAUGCCCCUGGCCUGUUUUCUUGGAAAUGUGUAUGCCGAGUGUGUGGAUGUUCUGAGGGAUGGAACAGGGCCUCUGGGUCUGAAACUGCGCCUCCUCACUGCAGGCUGCGGCCCAGGAGUGAUGGCUGAUGGCAAAGUGCGGGCACUUGAAAGGAACAUCUACUUUGGUUAUUCUUGCCAGGAUGUCCUGAGUGCUCUAGGCUCUCCACAUAAGGUUUUCUACAAAUCUGAAGACAAGAUGAAGAUCCAUUCUCCGUCUCCACACAAGCAAGUUCCGUCCAAGUGUAAUGACUACUUCUUUAACUACUUCACCCUAGGAGUGGACAUUUUGUUUGAUUCCACAACCCACCUGGUAAAGAAGUUUGUGCUUCACACCAAUUAUCCCGGCCAUUACAAUUUCAACAUAUACCAUCGAUGUGAUUUUAAGAUUCCACUCAUCAUUAAAAAAGAUGGACCUGAUCCUCAGGAAGAAGACUGUACCCUCACCACCUACAGCAAGUGGGAUCAGAUCCAGGAGUUAUUGGGACACCCCAUGGAGAAACCAGUGGUGCUUCAUAGGUCAUCAUCCGCUAAUAACACUAACCCCUUUGGAUCAACGUUCUGCUACGGGCUGCAGAGGAUGAUCUUCGAGGUGAUGCAGAAUAACCACAUAGCAUCAGUGACCCUGUACGGAGCCCCUCGUCCUGCCAGCCUUCCACGUGCCGAGUCAAGUGCUCACUGAGAUUCCCGUCUUGUCCAGUAGGGGCCCACCGGUGCAGUGUGCCUUUCCUCACUGCUGCCAUUACACAAGCUAGAGAGCCAUGUGCUGGGUGUUCCUCGGUUAUCCUUCAUCUUUCUGCUGCACACCAGGAUGGGUGUCCUCCCUCCAUCCUAUUUAUGGAAACACACAACAGCCUGCGUUGCUACUUCUCUUUUCUUCCCCUGUCAGUGUUUCUGUCAGAAAAGCAUAGUGAAGCAUUUACACUCACACACACACAUACACCGGGACACAUUUACAUUUGUGAACAUCUGACAGGCUUACAGUAGCUGUUACCGAUUUAGAUUUCAAAAUUUGUCUUACAUAAUUCAAAACCUUUUUUUUUUUGCUUUCCUGUUGCAUUAAACACUCUGUAGAUAUACCUUCACUUCAUUUCAGUACAGCAGUGAUGGCACACCGAGCUCACCCUGAAAGAUACUUGGCGUAUUGGCGUCUACUGCAUGAAUUAAUGGAUUACAAUACCCCCCCCCCCCCUUUUUUUUUUUCAGGAAUGCGUGAUGUAAAUUAUUACAAGCACAAAUGAGUUGCGUGGCGAAGGCGUGUCAGUUCUGCGACCUUUUUCUUGCACGAGUUUCUCGCAUACAGACACAAAGUGGCCAGCAUGUCCCUUUGCAGUGCUGUGCAGUGCAAUCUUCAGCUUAGCAUUAAAUCGGUUGGCCCUCUUCUUUGCGUGCUGUUUAAAGGUAAAGCAUUGAUUUUUCACAUUUGCACUAAACAGGCAUCAUAUUUACUUGAUUGACUUCUUGACUUCUUUCCAUUGAGGACUGUUGGGAUAUAAGUGUGGGAGGAAACCUCAUUGAUUUUUAAGCCCUUAAUGCAGCCUUUUGAACUUUCAUACAAUAUUUUUCCUCUCACUUUUACCCUGUUUGUGCAUUCGAUUUUACAGUUUCAUGCAUUUUCAAUUAACUUAAAUUAAUAAUAAUAAUUAAAAAAAAAAAAGUUAAAACAUUUGCCAAAGAUGGAAAAAUACUAAGCAGACCAUUUUUAUUUGACAGAAAGUUAAUACCUUUUUUGUUUCCGGGUUACACCCCAGAAAUCCUUAUUAUUAUAAUUAUAUACUCUUAUUUAAAGCUAUUUUAGUACUAGAUAUUCUAUCCUCUCAAACAUUGUUGUGUGCUUCUUCUUUUUUCUGGUUUCUGGUCUACAGAGAGGUCUGGUAGUGUAUAUGUCCCAGACAGACAUGAAGUUUUUCUCUCUGUCUCUGCUGCCGUGUCCGUUGAUGUACAGAUCUGUAAAUAGUGUAAUCUUGAAGUCUUCUCCAUUUAAGCUCAUGGUACAGUGUGGGUUCAGAUCAAGUUGAACCAUGGAAAUCUCUUGUCAAAUACGCUUCAUAUUGUCCUUUCCUAUUGAGUUUUAAAACCUGGGUGCUUCAGAUGCACACUGUAGCAGCAGCAGCCCCAUGUUUGACCAGUGUUAGGAGACAAUGUAAGAUGACUGCAGUGUUACAGGACUGCUGAAGGAUCUUUAUUUUUUAUUUUUUUUUUAUGUUCAUCUAAAUAAGGGGGAGUCUAAUCAUCCGGCAUUCGUUUGGUGGUUCUCUUGCUAAAUAAAACACACCUGAUUCACCUCAUCAUUUCAUUACCAGGUUUGGAGUUGUGUUUAACAAGGGAAGUCAUGAAUCGUGCUACAGUGUCACUCUGAAGGACCCAUGUGUUUUAAAAAAAAAAAAAAAAAAGAAAGAAAACUGAGCCCUACAGUGUCGAAUGCUUUUAGAUAGAAAUGUGUGGCGAUGUUUUCUUCUGUAGCAGGAGAGUCUGCCUCCACUGAACAAAGCUGCAGUAUGUGUUAUAGGCGUAUGUGGGCAUUGAUUGGUCUCCUGUGCAUAUGCACAAGGAAGGUUGUGGUUCAUGUUCUUAGUUCUACCCCCUCGCUUACAGUUCUACAUGGAAAAAAAAGAAACUAAAAGCUGCAACCUGUUGUUAGGACUGUCAUCUACUACCAAGUUUGACUUGAGUGCAAAUUAAAUUAUUUAAACUGCUGUGUGUAUGAUUGAGCAUGUACAGCUAAACUAAAAAAAAAAGGUGUACUGUCUGUUACAGCUGCACAAGUAUGUAUGAAAGGAAAAAUGUGAAAGGGAUUAGGAAAUCAAGUCCCAUACUUUUAGUUUAAAAAGUACUUUGGUAGAAAAUCCAUGAAAACCCUGUUUACCUGUAACGACACCUUUUUACAUUCGUGGCACCAGAUGAUUCCCAGCAGGUCAUUCAGUUGCUCAUGACUCAACGUUCACACUGGUGGUUGUGGCGCUUCAGCAGAACGAAGCAUGCACUUUGGUAGAAUCUAGUCGAAGUUCUUACAAAUAGCUUUUACAUUCAUACGAGGGUAUUUUUUACGUGCACAACUCGAGUCUCGAGUUCAGAACUUCAUCCAGGAAAAUUCUGAAAGGAAGCAGCACAACCACUCAGUCUGCCCAUUUAAGAAACAUUUUAGGAGAGUAGUUUGAUGGGCCAAUUGCCUGCCCAAUCUCAGGUGGAUUUUUUUUUUUUGAAUGCCGGGAACAGGUUUUCAUCAGCGUUCUUACUUCCUGUUUAUGACAUUAUGCUAAUGUUGCAUUGGAACGAUUCAGAAACGGAACUUCUGUUCGGUGUAAUUCACAUAUAAAUGCUAUGUAUUGUAGUUCUGACAUAUGUUUUCACCCCACCCUCAAAAACUAUUUUUGUUUUGUUUUGUGGAUUCAGUAUAUUUAACCCAUUUCUGGAAAUGGGAUUCUUAAUUACACAUGAAUCACACUUCAUUGCAAUGUGGUGUUUUGUAUUUCGCAAGCGACACUUAGAAAAUUGGUAUUUAACAGGUAUUCUUUUUUUUUCUCUUUUUUUGUUCAUUUGUUUUUAAAGCAAUAACUCUUAGCUGUGGUAAAGAAUUCAUCGAAAAUGGCCAGCUAUAAGCUUGCACAAGGCCUCUGAUAAACCCAUGCAAAAAUGCUGUGACUAGUUUUUCUCUCGUCUAGUCUACUGAAAGCACGACGUUUGCAAUUUUAUAAACUGCAUUCAUGUUUUGUUCAUUAAACAUUGUUACAGUGUGUUCAGCAAGAAUAACAUUUGAAGACUGGAUGUAAUAAAUAUGGGCAAAAUUG